AUGCCGACGGUUAGAUUGGCUUUUCACAGGGCCAAGAAAAUUCUUCUUACCUUGGCGUCAAUUGUCAUAUUUAUUGAAGGCGCAUUUGCCAUCGUUUCACUACAGUUCAUUGUAAAUGCAGUAUUCUACAAGGAUGUGAUCAGGAGACAGAAGUAUCUCGACCAAAGUAAGAAGAACUUCAUCCUGUUAUUAGUGACAAUACUGCGCAUUGUGGCGCCUUCACAAGUGCGUAUCACUACUGAAAACGCAAGUAUUCCUAAGAAUUCUUUUGUCACCGAUAGAAGGACCGGCGGAAUAGUAUCAAAUAUGCUACGCCAGUCAGUAAUAAUAUCUAAUCAUCAAAUCUAUACUGACUGGGUAUUUCUGUGGUGGCUAGCAUAUACUGGAGGAUUAGCCGGCAACGUUUUCAUUAUGUUGAAAAACUCUCUUGAACGUAUCCCAAUACUGGGUUAUGGUAUGAGGAACUAUAACUUUAUCUUUAUGAAUAGGAAGUGGGAAAAGGAUAGAGUCAACCUAGCCAAUCGUCUUGCUGAACUUGAUCGCAACGCUAAAGGUGUAGGCUAUUUGGCGGGUAAGUCCCCAAUUGGUGUGGCAACCGAUGGGGAGGCUAUCUGGGAAAAUUCGAAGUCUUUUGAGAGAGACGACAAGCAAAUACAUUGGCCAUAUGCUCUCAUUUUAUUCCCAGAGGGUACCAAUCUAAGUGCAGGUACGAGGGCUAGGAACGCCGAAUACGCUGCCAAGAUGAACCUUCCUAAGCUAAAUAAUACUAUUCUUCCAAGAGUAACAGGUCUGCGUAAUGUACUGCUGGGGUUGAAAUCGAGCUGUGAGGUUGUAUACGACGCUACGAUAGGCUAUUCCGGUGUGAGACAAAAUGAAUAUGGACAGGAUAUAUAUAGAUUGGGAAACAUUUUUUUGAAGGGAAGAGCGCCCAGAAUCGUUGACAUUCAUUUAAGAGCAUUCCGCUUGGAUGAAAUUCCAAUUGAGGAUGAAAAGGAUUUUACGGAAUGGCUUCUUAAAGUUUGGAGAGAGAAAGACGAAUUAUUGGAUUCCUACUAUGCCACUGGUGCAUUUGACCUUGAUCCUGCUCAAAAUACAACUGCUAUGGGGUGGUGCAAGCUCACUGCUUUUGAAAUGCUAUCUAUUUUGGUCUUCCCAAUUUUUACCAUUUUUCUUAUAAUUUGGCUGAUGUACAAAAGGCUGUUUUAA